AUGCUCUGGUGCCUUCCAUUGCCUUUCAAUGCCCUGGUGGUGUUCUAUCUGUCGCUAGCCACCUCUGUGAGCGCCGCCAGCGACCAGACGAGUCUCGUCGACGGCGCGUCCAGAAAAAGAGGGUAUCUCAAUGGUGACCUGAUCCCCGUCAGCUGCCUAAAUCGGACCAUUGAUACCGGCGAACAUAUCACCGAUGCCCAUGGCAAUCUGCAAUAUAUUCCAUUUCCGACAUGUAACGAGACGAACCAGCCGCUGUCCUUCCUCUACAACACUCCUCAGACGCGGACCUGCACCAUCGAUGCCCUCCCCGACGAACUCUACCAUCUAUUCGAAUUCUUCGUCCACAGCGAUGUUCCCUUGACAUGUCGCGUCCCAUCGUACCCCUUAUCUCAGGAAGAGCUGGGCAUCACUUCGUCCCUCCCAGACGUCGACGGCACGGGCGCUGAUAAAACUCUUUGGACACCGUUCACAAUUGCGCUGCAGGGGACGCUGCAAUUGUCUCACCUCCACCUCCACACCAACAUCAACGUCCUUUUUCAUAUGUCGCAAGAGCCGGAGUCGUCCAAGGCCGAUGCUGGAUCGCACUUGAUUGCAUCCGCCGCAUAUUCUCUUCCCAACACCACCUCUUCAGCGCCGGUCGAAGGGACCAAGAUCAUCCGCAACGAGCCUAUGAUGCUUACCUUCAAUGUUGGCUGGAUCGACGGUGCUGUCUUACCUGGGAUGGUCGGCCGGCCUGUGUUGGGAGUUAGAGACCACAGCAUUGGGUUUUCAUUGUUGAGUUUCUUCGCGCUGGCCGCCAGUGCUGGGAUUGGCGCAAUGUCCAUGCUGAUAUACGAAAGGCGGAAGAGUGGUAGGAGCGGAAUCUAUGGCAACGGAUUACUUGGUGGCAAUGUUGGAAAUGGUGUGGCGAGAGGGUCAGGCUAUGGCGGAUAUGGCGGUUAUAGCAGCAGUUUCGGCAAAAGAGACUGA